CAAUCAACUUCCUCUCCAGAUUGUAGUUGGAUCAACGACCAACUUUUAUCUUCUUCAAGCAGCUCACUUCUCAUUCCUUCUCUUUCACUAAACUUCAACUUCUUUAAUGAAAUAUUAAACCAUUUUUUAUAGAGAUGGGUAAUUGUAAUUGUAUUCCUGCCAGAAACACUACUGAAACUUCUAUGAAACUCAAAAGAUCCAUCAAUUCUCAAGAAAAUAGUUUCAAGAUUGAAUUACCCAUCAAGGAUAAUAAUAAAGUCAAUGAUGAUUUUUCCAUGUCAGAACUUAGUUCCAAGCUUCAGUCUUCAUCUCCAACACCUUAUUGCUUGAGUAAUCGAGAGGAAAUGUUUUUCGAUUCGCAGCCAUGGAUGGAUUCUGACAUUGAAGAUUUCCUCAGUGUCAAUGGCGAUUUCACUCCACUGGAUGGAAACACUCCAAUUCACCAUAUCAACUUUAUCAAAACUCCUCAAUUUGAUGAAUUAUCUCCUCAGAUUAGCCUUCCUGUAAAUUCAAAACCCGAAGCCUCUCCGGCUAAAGUGAAGCAACUGAUCGAUUACUUUCAAGAAAGCUUCAAUAGUGAGGUUGUUGGUAACGACAAUGGAGAUUUACAAGACAAGACAGAAGCCAACAUCACAUUCUACGUUUCGUCUUCGAAAUGUAUGAAUCCGAAUGCGUAUGAAUCAAGAAACGGAUCGAUUUGCAGUAGUGAAAGAAUUUCAAAUGGAAAUUUCAGAAGUGAAAAGGCAAUAAAAACAGCAGAUUCUGAUGCUCAGUGCUGCUUACCUAAUUUUGCUAGAAGUUUCAGCUUUUGCGAAAGGAAAAAGAGGUUGAGCUCGGCUCAUAAUGGCGGUCGCGGCCAAUAAGAAAAUACUCGGGUUAAAAAAAUUAUGGUUACCGAGAUAUACGCCUUUUACAGAUUUCUUAUAUUUUGAUUACCAAAUUUUCAAUUUUACAUCAACGAGAGAUUAUUAUAGCAACUUAAGUCAAGAAUUGCUUAUGUGGCAGCGAACACAUUGGAUAAUCACUAAAAAAUUGUUGAUACAUAAGCAAAUUUUUGCUGGAAUUGCUGUAGUCAUCUCCCCUUGAAUGAAAAAUUGAAAAUUCAGUAAUUAAAACGUAACAAAUUUGAUAGUGAUCCUUUAAUAAAAUAACUAUAGUUCAGUAAUCGUAAAAAAAUAUAACCCAAAAAUAUGAUCAGCUUUACUUGUUUUUAAUUGUAUUUAAUGGGGAGUAUCAUGAAGUGGGUGUUACAUAUAAAUGUCUUGUUUCUUAUGAUUGACAAAAAUGAUAUAUAUAUUCCAUUAAAAUA